CCCUCACCCAUCACACAUUUUGUCAUUUGAGACAAAAUAAACCACUCCCUCUCACCCCUAUCACCAAGCUCGACCAAGACCUCAAGAAAAGAAGAGGAAAAGCUCUCAAAACCACCUCCAUUGUUGCAGCACGAGCUCAAGAGAAAUUGGUCCAAGGAAGGAGGUUUGAGAAGGAAAAAGUUAGGAAAAGUGUGAAUAAUUAAGGAACUUGUGAAAGGUAUUUCAAGUGAUUUCACAAAGUUGGAAAAGUCGCCGGAGUUGUCGCCGGAGUUGACCAAAAGUCACCGGAGUUUCACCGGAGUUCAACCAAGAAGGGUAGAACUUCUUAACGCUAGUUCAAGGUUGAAGCUAGGGCUUGCUACCUGCACCUUUCUACGGGUGACAUCAAUCAAGGAAGACGUGAAAUGGAGGGCAGGCGAAUGCGGACCAGGAACAAUCCGAGGGGGCAGGCGCCGGUAACAUCCCAAAGGGGAAGCCGGGCUGCAUCUCGGGGUUCAAGAGGAGGCCGUGGAGGCCGUGGAAGCCGUGGAGGUCAUCAAGCUCAAACUGUUGAAGCUAGGGCUUGCUACCUGCACCUUUCUACGGGUGACAUCAAUCAAGGAAGACGUGCGGGAACAGAGUUGGUUGUACACUUUGCAACAAUUACAUCAAACAGUUUAAUGACUAUGUCGACCAAGCUGAAAAUGAACCCAUCUUUCUCAUUGUGCAAUUGUGCAGGGCGAAGCGCUACAAAGGAAACGUUUCAGUGUCUACAUCAUUCAACGUAACCAAACUUAUCAGGAAUGUGGAAAGGAUUGAGUUUCAAGAUUUCAGAAAUUUGUAACUGACAGAAUAUGACUACGAUUUAGUACCUUGGGGUUAAUGGAGAAUUUAGUGAGUUCCUACUAUAUAUACUUUCUACAGGUUUGAUGAGGAAGCGGAGGAAAAUGGAACUCUUACGUUCCUAGGCAGCGGCGGAUCCAGAAAGUGUAACUGUUGGGGGCACCCAAAUGGAGGGCCUACAUCGUAUUCACUCCGUACAGCCUGUUGUACAAUGAGCACCGUACAAUGGGUAUUUUAUGUUAAAGAUAUAUGUAUAACGUUUAAAAGAAAUGAGUAUUAGUAUUAAAUCAGUGUAUUGAUAUAGCAUAAUUGAGCAUUAGAAACAUGCAAUAGAGUAUCAUGAUUCAUGAUCUACAUGUAAUAUAUACGCUGAAAAUCAACUUACUCAUUUAACUAUUUUGUCAUUGUAUUA